AUGAUGACGUAUGUAACAGGAGCAAGAAAAGUGUUCGCCGAUAAGUCAAAAAAGAAACUUGUGGAUGUGAGUCUAGAGCAGUUCCUUCUUGAACAUGUCAAAAGACCGCUCAUCUACCAAUUGGCUAUUAACGUCGCAAAUGCAUUUGACACCUUCGCAGAAUUGAAGAAAGAGAAUCUGAGAAAGAUAGACAUCUGCCAGCUCAUCUACCAAUUGGCUAUUAACGUCGCAAAUGCAUUUGACACCUUCGCAGAACUGAAGAAAGAGAAUCUGAGAAAGAUAGACAUCUGCCAGGUAAAUUUAGUUCUGUCAAAUCCCACAGAUCAGAACCUUCUCGAGUUUGCCUCGUUGUUCAUCGAUGUUAUUGAGCACAAUUAUCUCCUUCCUUUGGCAGCAGACGUGGAUGGAGAAAAAAUGAGGUAUGAUGGCGCCUUUUCAUCUCGAAUUUGA